AUGACCAAGGAAAUUAUAGAUUUUCUCCAAUUACAUGGUGAAUCUCUAUACCAAGCUUGGGAACGUUUCAAAGAGCUUCAAAGAAAUUGUCCGCAUCAUCAUCUAGGAAGGGAGCAUCUUAUCUCUAUUUUCUACAAUGGUACCAAUGAGGCUACACGGGCAACAAUUGAUGCGGCAUCGGGAGGAUCACUUAUGAAGAAAACUUAUGAUGAGGCCAAUAACUUGCUAGAGGAACUCGCUACAAAUAGUUGUUCUUGGUCAACCGAGCGGUUGAGGCAACCACCUCAAAAGGGUAUCAUGACCCUCGAGCAAACCCAAGAAUUUGAAGCAAUGAAAGCGAAGAAUGCGACACUUCUAGCACAACUCGAGAUGUACAAACAACAAGCAAAUCAAAGGAAUGCUCAACUUGCGGUAGUUCAAAUGGGUUGCGAGACUUGUGAUGGGCACGAUCAUUCGGGAAUGGAUUGCCCCGUCCUACAUCAAAACUCAAAUGAGCAAGUCAACUAUGUCAAUGGGCAAAGGCAAGGCAAUGACCCAUAUUCCAACACCUAUAAUCCGGGGUGGAGGAAUCAUCCUAAUUUUUCGUGGAGGGAAAAUGCGGGUCAAGCCAAUGCCAACCCGAAUAUGGGAGGAGCAAAUUUUCAAGGAGGAAACCGUGGUCCACAAAACCAAGGCAACUUCAACAACUACCGACCACAACCCCCACCCGGUUUUCAAAAUCGGAACACGGAUGAGGGGAGCAAGAUUGACAAGCUUAUUGAGGAAGUUAGAACCGGUUUUAAGAACCAAGCUUCCGUCAAUCACCAUCUCGAGACUCAAAUUUCUCAACUUGCCAUCUCGCUUCAAAAUAGAGCUCAAGGGGGUUUACCGUCUACAACGGAGUCAAAUCCAAGGGAGCAAGUAAAAGCCAUUGAACUCCGAAGCGGGAAAGAACUUGAUGAUCCACAUGCAAGUAAAGAGAAAGCGAUCGAUCUAACAACGGGAACAAAUGAGGAGGAAGUAACCGAACUUCCAUAUGUAAAACCGCCACCUCCUCCUCCAUUUGUGCCAAAGGUCCCUUUCCCGGGACGAUUGAAGAAGACGCCGGAUAACCAAAAAUUCCAUAAAUUUCUGGAAAUUUUCAAGAAACUCCAAAUCAAUAUAAGCUUUGCGGAUGCUUUGCGUGAGAUGCCUCAAUACGCGAAGUUCCUCAAAGAAAUCAUAACGAAGAAAAGGAGUUGGGACGACAAAGGCACAAUUUCCCUAACGGAAAAUUGUAGCUCACUUAUCCUUAGUGACUUGCCCACCAAGCUUAAGGACCCAGGGAGUUUUACAAUUCCAUGCAAAAUAGGCGAUUUAAAUUCAAUUAAUUGUCUAUGUGAUUUAGGGGCAAGUAUCAAUCUAAUGCCUUUGUUUCUUUUCAGGGAUAUUUUUGGUGAUCAAACUUUGAAGCAAACAUCAAUGAUGCUUCAAUUGGCGGACCACUCCCUAAAAAAGCCAUACGGAGUGGUAGAAGAUGUUCUAGUCAAAGUAGACAAAUUCAUCUUUCCGGUGGAUUUUGUCGUACUUGACUAUGCGGCGGAUAAAACAUGCCCUAUGAUUCUUGGGCGUCCUUUCAUGAACACGGGGAGGGCAUUGAUAGAUGUGCACGCCGGACGACUCACUUUGCGUAUCGAUGAUGACAAAGUGGAGUUUGAUAUGAAAAGGAUUAUGCGCAACACUUUUGAGGAGGUGGAAUGCAUGAAAUUGGAUAUGGUUGAUGGAAUUGUGGAAGAACUUUUCCCGGUUUCAAAAGUCAUAUUCCAUUCCGAGGAGACACAAGCAACUUCCGAGGAAGAAUAUUCCAAAGAAGAUGAGCCGAAAGCCGAAAAUUUGAUUAGAAGAGAGAGCGUGACACCACCUUCUUCUAUCUCUCCACCAAAGGUUGAGCUUAAAACGUUACCAUCUCACUUACGGUAUGCGUUUUUAGGCGACAACAUGACUCUUCCCAUCAUCAUCUCAAACAACUUGUCGGAAACACAAGAAGCGAGAGUUGUCAAAGUGGUGAAGCAACAUAUAUUGGCGAUCGGUUGGCAAAUUUCGGACAUCCGAGGAAUUAGUCCCUCGGUGGUCAUGCACAAGAUCCACCUAGAAAACGAGUCAAGAGCAUCGGCUCAAAGACAACGGCGUUUGAAUCCAAAUAUGAAGGAGGUCGUGCACAAAGAGAUAGUAAAACUUCUCGACGCCGGAAUUAUAUACCCCAUAUCCGAUAGUGCGUGGGUUAGUCCCAUUCAAUGCGUUCCAAAGAAAGGGGGGAUAACGGUGAUUGAGAACGAGAAGGGUGAGCAAAUUUCCACUAGGACGGUAACGGGAUGGCGUGUUUGUAUUGACUACCGCAAGUUGAAUACGGAGACGAGGAAGGACCAUUUUCCGUUACCAUUUAUCGAUCAAAUGUUGGAGCGGGUAGCGGGCCACGCUUAUUAUUGUUUUCUCGAUGGAUAUUCCGGGUACAAUCAAAUUCUUAUCUUCCCGGAUGACCAAGAGAAAACAACUUUCACAUGUCCUUAUGGAACGUUUGCUUAUCGGAGGAUGCCGUUUGGUCUUUGUAAUGCACCGGCAACAUUUCAACGAUGUAUGACUUCCAUCUUCGCCGAUAUGAUUGAAGAUAUUAUGGAAGUCUUCAUGGAUGAUUUUUCGGUAUUCGGGGACUCUUUUGAGAUAUGCUUAAAUAAUCUUGAUCGAGUGUUGGCCCGGUGUGAGGAGACCAAUCUAGUCUUGAAUUGGGAGAAGUGCCAUUUCAUGGUAGAGGAAGGAAUUGUCUUGGGACAUAAAAUCUCCAAGGACGGCAUUGAAGUAGAUAGAGCAAAAACGGAAAUCAUCGAGAAAUUACCACCACCAACUACCGUAAAGGGAGUUCGUGCCUUCUUAGGGCACGCCGGGUUUUAUCGACGAUUCAUCAAAAAUUUCUCUUCCAUUGCUCGUCCUUUAACUAAUUUACUUGUUAAAGAUAUUCCUUAUGAAUUUACUAAUGAUUGCCUUGAUGCUUUUGCUAGGUUGAAAGAAGCCCUCAUCUCGGCCCCAAUUAUUUCAUCACCCGAUUGGACUCUUCCUUUCGAACUCAUGUGUGAUGCAAGUGAUAUAGCACUCGGGUGCGUAUUGGGGCAACGGAGGGAGAAAAAGCUUCACGUGAUAUACUAUGCGAGCCGAACAUUGGCGGAGUUUGACAUCGAAAUUCGCGACAAGAAAGGAACGGAGAACGUCGUCGCCGAUCACUUGUCAAGGUUAGAGAUUCCGGAACCAAUUAUAAGUGGCGUAGAGAUUAACGAAACGUUUCCGGAUGAGAUGUUGAUGGUACUUUCGGAAGUGGAAACGCCAUGGUAUGCGGAUAUCGCAAACUAUCUAUCUUCCGAAAUAAUGCCACCGGAUUUGACUUACCACCAAAGGAAGAAGUUCUUGAGCGAUGCUAAACGAUUUCUAUGGGAGGAACCGUACCUCUUCAAGGUGUGUGGAGAUGGGAUUUUGAGGAGAUGUGUACCACUACAAGAGAUGAUGCCUAUACUUAGUCAAUGCCAUUCCUCGGACUAUGCGGGCCAUUAUGGUACAUCAAGGACCGCCGCUCGUGUGCUAGAGUGCGGAUUCUUUUGGCCUACGCUAUUUCGUGAUGCGAAAGACUUUGUUAGUCAUUGCGAUCGAUGCCAAAGAGUGGGGAACAUAUCAAAGAGAGAUGAAAUGCCGCUUACCAACAUUCAAGAGGUGGAACUUUUUGAUGUAUGGGGAAUAGACUUCAUGGGUCCUUUUCCUAUGUCGUUUGGAAAGCAAUACAUAUUGCUCAAUUUUGACCUUAAAGCGGCGGGGGAGAAACGUAUGCUUCAACUCAAUGAGUUGGACGAAUUUCGGUUAAAUGCCUAUGAAAACGCCAAGCUUUACAAAGAGAAGACGAAACGAUGGCAUGACGCUCAUAUCGUGCCUAAAACGUUUGUGGAGGGCUCUUUUGUCUUGCUCUACAACUCGCGCCUCAAAUUAUUUCCCGGGAAAUUAAAAUCCCGUUGGAGCGGUCCUUUCAAGAUUCGAACGGUGGCAAGUCAUGGAGCUUUGGAAUUGGAGAAUUCUAGUGGUAUAUACAUGAUUUCAGGAGGUUUCCGUUCGUGA